AUGGAUCUGGAUAUCCUGAAUCAGCACUCGUCCACCUUUCUAUGGAUCGCCAUAUGGGGCACAUGGAGCCUGUUGCUGUUAAACUUCCAGGGAUGUCAAGCGGUUCCUGGCGGCAGCAGUGGAGAGCGCGUCCACAUACGUCUCCACAUGCCGGAGGUGGUGCGUCAGCACACGCAUUUCCACAAUGUCUAUAAGCUGCCGAGGAAAAUACACCCAGUUCCUGCACCACCACCCACAACGAUCGCAUCAAUGCAUCCCAAGUUCGUGGGAAAACCCCACGUACAACUUUUGGGCUAUACGACGGCAGUGGGAAAUUCGGGACCAAUGGCACCCAAUAUAAUGCAGCUGAUGGGAACGGCGACCACGCCUACUAUGAUGGCAACGCCCACCAAUUUAAUGCCUAAUUACGGGCCCGCAUUAUUCGAUAAUUACAAUCAGGAGUCGGCUUUGAGUGCCACAACAACGACAACAACAGCGAGACCUCAGAUUAUAAAAGCCUCCAAGCAGCAACAAUUGCUGCAACAAAUUUUCACACCUCAAAUAAAUGAAGAUGAGGACACUUCAGCGGAGGAUAAUCAAGUGGAGAGCAACUCUUUACUCAAUAACAAUUUCCUUGAGGCUCUUCAAAGGGAAUAUCUGGCCAAGUUCGGUGGACGGCGUAAACGCAAGAAAUCCAGUUCAAAAUUGAGGAAUACCAACAAGGAGUAUAUUAAUAACUUUAGGAAUAAACCAUACUAUUAUCAGGAUGAGGAUUUGUCAGAGAACUUUGAAGACUAUCAAGAUGAACAGCCACAUCAUGAGGAUUACGAGGAAGUGAUGGUGAUGAGUAGUCCCGGUAAAUAUGGAGGUUAUUAUCCAUCGGAAUCGGAAGAAAUGGAUCAGGAUCACGCACAUGGUUAUGACAGUGCUGUGGCCUUCAGUGGUCACGAUAAUAGCAUUUCGUCCUCCGUUCCAACAAUGGAGGAGUUUCUUGAAGAUGCCAAUAAUCCUGUACCUGGUUAUGGAGUAGGGGGAAAUUUUGAAACCUACAGCAACUCAAAUGAUAUGUAUUCCCAGCCUUGGCAGCCCUCCUCUACGAGUGCCACAAUGGGCAACAGUUGGCCAAGACCUACUGCCAAUUCCUACACCAAUUCCUCAAAGGGCCCAAAAUCAAGACCUGUAAGAUCAAGAGGUCGACCGAAAGUUCGAUAUGUCAAGUUAAUCACUAGAAAAAAACGAAAAAGUCACCUUCGCACGAAAAGGUAUCGACCAUAA